CACAAUAUAACUCAUGACUUGCCAACCAACUUAUCACAGUUUUUUGCACAACUGCAUUUUUUGUCAUCCCAAAAUCAUGAAUUUCAAUCUAAACAGCAUGAAUUCCACCUAUUCUUCUUCCUUUGUUGCUGGCAAUUUUGCCAGAAAAUUUCUUUCAGGAGGACUGUUUUUCUUCAUGCCUGCAGAGGUUCAAAUGCUCGAGCUUUUACUUGCUGUUUUUGUUUUCAUAGUUAUACAUUCUCUGAGGCAAAAGAAGAGGCAAGGGUUGCCAAACUGGCCCUUCGUGGGAAUGUUACCUUCUUUGAUCCUUGGUCUUCAAGGAGACAUGUACGAGUGGAUUUCAGGUGUUUUAUGCCGGCAAAACGGCACUUUCAUAUUCACAGGUCCUUGGGGUACAAACCUUAACUGUGUUGUAACAUCUGAUCCUCGUAAUCUUGAGUAUCUGCUCAAGACUAAGUUCUCAAAUUUUCCUAAAGGGGAAUACUUUCGGAACACUGUCAGAGAUCUCCUUGGAGAUGGCAUAUUCAGCGCAGAUGAUGAAAUCUGGCAACGACAAAGGAAGACUGCAAGCCUGGAGUUCCAUUCCACCAAGUUCCGAAGCAUGACCACUGAAUCAUUGCUGGAGCUGGUUCAUUCUAGGCUCUUACCGGUCUUGGAGGAGUCGGUUAAAAAAUCUGUGCCUGUUGAUUUACAGGAUAUUCUACUUAGACUAACAUUUGAUAAUGUCUGCAUGAUAGCUUUCGGGGUUGAUCCUGGCUGUUUACGCCCUGGAUUGCCCGAGAUACCAUUUGCUCGGGCAUUCGAGGAUGCAACCGAAGCAACCUUGUUUCGAUUCGUCACUCCAACACUAACUUGGAGGGCUAUGAGAUCUCUGAACAUUGGGACAGAGAAGAAACUGACUGAUUCAAUCAGGGAGGUUGACAAGUUCGCAGAAGAAGUGAUUCAGACUAGGAAGAAAGAACUUUCUUUACCAACAGAAAGUGAAAAACAAAGAUCAGACCUCUUAACUGUGUUU